GGUUCAGUUCUUCCCCUUCUUGGCAUGCUCCUCUACCAAUAAACCAAACCCAAAAAAGAAGAAAUCUGUGAGGUCUCUUGAAAACAGUCUCUCUAUUUUCAAGUAGGGGUAAGGUUUGGGCGCACACACCCUUCCCGAGACUCUACUUUCGUGGGAUUUUACUGGGUUUGUGGUUGCCGUGAUUUUUUUUGGAGGGAAUAAAUGAGUUUUCGGGACGAGUGGUUGUGGAGUGUGAUGAUGGUCGUGGCGUUCUUUACGGGUUUGGGAGAGGUGGGGAGUUCAAGGAAUGGGGGGGAGGAGUUGUUGAGGAUCACGUGGAACGAUUUGAGAGUGAGUGACGGCGCGUUGAAAAAGGAGCUGGAAAAUUUGGGAGGGGAAAAUUGGAGGAGGAUGAGGAGGAAUGGGAGCAGAUUGAUUGUCGUUGAUCAGAAUGGGAAGGGGGAUGUUCGGACGAUCCAAGCCGCGGUCGAUAUGGUGCCUCAACACAAUUCCAAGAGAGUUAAGAUUUACAUUGUUCCUGGGAUUUAUAGAGAAAAGGUGCAAGUACCUGCAUCAAAGCCGUACAUCUCGAUGAUCGGAGACGAAGAAGAUCCAUCGAGAACGGUGAUAUCAUGGCACGACAAGGCCUCGGACAGAGUGGGGAAUGGGGGCUUUUUGGGGACAUCAAGGACAGCCACCCUCCAAGUGUACGCCGAUUACUUCUGUGCGAGCGGAAUCACUGUUGAGAACACGGUGGUGGCGACCCCGGGGGGUGAAGGAAUGCAGGCUGUCGCCGUGAACAUCAACGGCGACAGGGCUGUGUUCUACAAGUGCAGCUUCUUGGGGUCGCAGGAUACUCUUCUGGAUGACGCCGGGAAUCAUUACUUUUACCGGUGUUACAUUCAAGGGAUGGUCGAUUUCAUCUGUGGAAACGCCAGGUCCCUCUAUCAGGAGUGUGUUAUUAAUUCAUUGGGGUCAGGAGCAAUUGCAGCACAGCACAGAAACUCACCUGGUGAAAACACAGGCUACUCAUUUGUGAACUGCAGGAUUUCGGGCAACGGGAAGACCCUUCUGGGGAGAGCCUGGGGAGAGUUCUCGACAGUGGUUUACGCCAACUGUGAUAUCGACAACGUCAUACUGCCUUGGGGAUGGAGCGACUGGAGCGUUCCAUCGCGACAAACGAAUUCUAUGUUCGGAGAAUACGGGAAUAGGGGUCCGGGAGCAAGAAGAGAUAACAGGGUACCAUGGUCAAAGAGCUUGAGCAAUGAAGAAGCCAUGCAAUACAUGGAUACCACCUUCAUACAGGGACAGCAAUGGCUCAAACUAUAGUUGAUACUGCAAAUCACUUGUGUAUAUAAAUAUAUUGGCCCAAAUAAAUUUAAUUCCACUCAAUUUUAUUCAAACCUUAGUUAGACUACUGAAAUUCACAUAAAUUUAAUUCCACUCAAUUUACAGCAAAUAAUAAAUCACUUUUGGAGUUAGGAAAACAAAUUCUGAGCAAUGUU